AUGUCAGACGGCACGAUCGAUCCGAUCCUUCUCCUUCUCAAUUACAAUAACCAGGAUGACCAGAACAACCAAAACAAUCAGAACAACCAGAACAACCAGAACCCCCUGAACAACCAGCUGUUGUUCCAGCAAGAUGUCCCCCGCCGGGAAGCCGCCAGGUACCCGGCCUCAUACCGCCCGGGCUCGAGCCUCAUUGGACACAUGUUGAGUGCACAGCUACGCCUACCGGCCAGGUUGGGGGGCAGGGACGAUGGCCCAAUUAUCACCUGUACAGUCCUAAACGACACUGGAGCCACGAUAGCAAGUAUUUUUGAGUCCGAUUGGCAGCAGCUGAACGUCAACAAUAUGGCGAUCAUGGAAACGGUUCCUGUAGUAAUGGCCGACGGCAGCACCACCGAAAGGGCUGCAAUUACAUAUGAAGUGCGCCUCGUCUCAUAUGCUUCUGACGGGUCGGUGUUUACUAUUUGCGACUGGAUGAACGAUAAGGCCAUAAUUUUACCCGAUCCCCAGCCUGGUAACGACGGUGAGCGCCUUAGUGGCUCAGCCAUACGUAACCAACUGUGGUUCCUCACAGCUCCCUUGAAUGGCAACAACGUAAGCAGCCUCUGGAUACCAUUUAGAACCCCUUCCAGACAUAAUUGUCUCAUCGCGUUGCAUGUGCCCCGAAGAACACCUCCCUCUCCUCCAGCUGGCUUCGACGUAAUCUAUGGCCACCUUGUGGCCCUUUCCCUACCCACUUCUUAG